AUGCGUCUGGUAACAACACAGUUGUGUUUAACAUGUCUACACCUAAUUACUGAUAACUGCUAUCGAGCGAAUGAGCCGCGGAGCGCGUGUGCUGCUGAUAUCUCCUGCGCCGAGCAGAUUCAUCCAGGGGUGUGUGUAGACUGCGGCACAGCAGCUGUGCUCACCGAUGUGAAUCCGCCGCGAUGUUUCUCUGAGGGCUUUCCUGGAGGUAAAUCAUGGAUGUCGGAGAGAAGAUGGAGUCAGACGAUGUGGUGAUCAUCGUGGAGAACGAAGCGGAGAGUAAGCGCGAUGGAAACGAGGAUGAAGGUGGAGGAGGUCAGGGCGGAGUGAGGAUGAUGAUGAUGAUGGCGGCUCUGAUGGACGUGUGUCCCGUGUGUAAGCUCAGCUUCAGCAGCAGAGAGCCCAAACUGCUGCCCUGCUUGCACUCCUUCUGCAAGAGAUGCUUACCUGCCCACAGCUCACCUGCCGGCACCACCAGCACCGCCAAACAGCUGAGCAUGAUCCGCUGUCCGGUCUGCCAGCAGGAGUGCAUGGACGUGGAGGUCCUGGAUAAUUUCUUCGUCAAGGAUUCUGUGGAAGUGCCCAGCAGCACAAUGGAAAAGAGCUGUCAGCUCUGCAUGAGCUGUGAUGAUAACACUGAGGCCAGCGGCUUCUGCGUGGAGUGUGUGGAGUUUCUGUGUGUCACCUGCAUCGACGCUCAUCAGCGCGUCAAGUUCACCAGAGAUCACACGGUCCGGCAAAUCACGGAGAUGUCUUCAGAGGCGAUGGGGGCUUCCACGCAGAAGCCGGUGUUCUGCGACAUCCACAGACAGGAGCCGCUGAAGCUGUUCUGUGAAACCUGCGACCGCCUCACCUGCAGAGACUGUCAGCUGCUCAAACACAAGGACCACAAUUAUCAGUUUCUGGAAGAUGCGUAUAGGAAUCACAAGGAGCAUCUGGAAAACAUGACUUGCCAACUUCAAGAAAAGAAGAAAGCCAUAGAGGACGUCACUAACACCAUUAACAAUGGUCUUCAGCAAGUGGAUGAGAAUCGCAAGACUGUGGCUAAUGAGAUCAAAAAGUCCAUCUGCAAUCUCAUCAUGGAGAUCAACCGGAAGGGGAAGUUACUGGUCAACCAGCUGGAGGCCAUCACAAAAGACCAUGAAAUCCUCCUGAAAAAACAACAGCAGGAUGUGACGUCGCUCUCCACACAUCUGGAUCAUGUGAUCAACUUCACAAAGUGGGCCACAGCCAGUAACAGUGGAACAGCCCUCCUGUACUGUAAGAGACUGAUUACAUGCCAAAUUCAGUACCUCAUGAGAGCAAAGUGCAACAUCUCCUAUGUUCCCCAGAGCUUGGUGCGCUUCCAGUGUCGCUCUGCCUUUUGGGCCUCAAACGUGGAUCUGGGCUCCUUAGUCGUGGAGAAAACUCCAGUCCGUCAUCCCAGUGGCCCCCAGCCGUUCCCCUUCCAGCAGAUGAACCCGGGGCCCCGAGCGGAGACCCUCCAGCAGCAGCAACAGCAGCAGAGGCAGAGCACACUGGCCCAGCUCCAGAUGCAGGUGGAGAAACUCUCUCAGCACAACAGCCGCCAUCACUCGCCCAAUCAGUGGACCUGGUACCCAGGCAUGCGUCUGCCAGGACCACCCCCUCCACACAGACCCCUGCAGGGCGGGUCGCCAUCUCAGACUUUGCCUAACAUGCCUCACCACGGCCGGCGCUACGGUGCCCGCAGCCCGCCAUCUAUGCUUCAGCCCUCCAACCUACCUCCACAGACUCUGAGGGGCCUCAUCAACAAUCCCACCUACCCUCCCAAACCAGUGGAAGUUCUGCCUAGAGGACGCUUUCCACAAGCUGCUGCCUACUCCAGCGGAGGGCCGCUGCCCUCUCCAAACACACUGCAGCAGCAAAACAUGCAGGCCACGUCAUACCUGAACCGGAGAUGUGACCCCAGCGCACUGAUGUCUGCGCAGAGACCCAGCUACACUCACACACACCUCUCUAUGCCCACUGAGACAGCUGCACAAGGAAGACAGUUUUCUCAGAUGUCCGUCACGUCAUCGGAACCAAAGACCAGCUCUGUCUCCUGGAAGCGUGCAGAAGCCCCCCAGAGUGGCCCGUCAAACCCUUCCACCAAGAGGAGGCGCAGGUCAUCUCCAGGGCCCGUCAUCGUCAUCAAGGAUGAGCCAGAGGAUGAUGAUGAAGUUCGUUUCGUAAACACCAGUGCUAAAGCUAGUCUUCCAGACAGCACAGGGGUUCAGUCUCAGUCAGUACAGCCGGGUGAGCAGCAGUCCGAGAAGACCCCAGAAGCAGACGAAGACCCUAAUGAGGACUGGUGCGCGGUGUGCCAGAACGGAGGAGAGCUGCUCUGCUGCGACAAAUGCCCCAAAGUCUUCCAUCUCAGCUGCCACGUGCCCACUCUGACUGCCUCUCCAAGCGGAGAAUGGUACUGUACGUUCUGCCGGGAUCUUAAUUCACCUGAAAUGCAGUAUAACGUCAAUGCCGGCGGGGAAUCAAAGGACCUGAAGCAGGAUCUGCAUUCGGAAACAUUCACGCAUGUGGACAGAAGAAAAUGUGAGCGACUUCUGCUUCGCCUGUACUGCAAUGAGCUCAGCACUGAUUUCCAGGAGCCGAUAACACCUUCGUCCAUGCCGGAGUACAGUGAGAUCAUAAAGACCCCUAUGGACCUGUCUGUGGUCAGAAGCAAGCUGGAGGACAGCCAAUACAAGAGCACUGAGGACUUUGUCGCCGACGUCAGGCUGAUCUUCAAAAACUGCGCAACCUUCCACAAGGAAGACACCGAGAUGGCCAGCGUUGGUGCUAAUCUAGAGAGCUUCUUUGAGGAACAACUGAAGCUCCUGUAUCCGGAGCGGACCUUUCCUGGCGUGAAGGAGGAGGGCAUUGCUUCUGCAUGUCCUAAAGAAACAAGUCCCAUCGCCAAGACCCCCCCACAGGACACUUCUCCGGCAGAGGAGACUGCGAGACCCCCUGCUGAAGAUCUCCCUCAGGAGGAAGCUAGCGCUAAAGACACGGAGGAGAAGCCAGAGGACAUCAGCUCUCCUGCUGGAUCUGCUCCCGCUGAGGCGGAAACGGACCGUAAAGAGAGUAAAGAUCCGGCAUCCUGAAGGAAUCUUCCUUUGAAGCAGCGCUGCGCAAACUCUGUCCUGGAGAGGAUCGCCGUCCCGCAGAGUUUAAGCUCAGGAUUCAGGGUUGUUAUUACUUUAUAUUUGGUAUUAGUUUGUCGCUACAUUGCGAAAAUGCUUCCUUACUUCGAGUUUAUGUCUUGUUCUUAGCUCAAAUAUCUCAAUAUUUUUAAAUCAAGAAGCAAGGAAGGAAUAUUGUGAUGUUUCCAGAAAGAAUCAGUCAAAAAUAAGGGAGUUUUUCCUUGAAACGAGCUAAAUAACCCGCCGUUUUCAAGAAAAACUCGCUUAAUUUUGACUGAUUAUUUCUGAAAACAUCACAAUAUUCUUUACUUGUGCUUAAAUAUGCUUCUCGAUUUAGGAAUCUUUAGAUAUUUGGACUAAAAACAAGACAAGAAAUUCGAAGUUAAUAGCUCGGUGUCAGUUUAAGGACAUAAGGGCUGCAAUAUAUCAAUAAUGAAUACACAACGCUUCGAAAAGGUGCUUCCAACACCAUCAUUUCACCACUACCUUAUGUCCCGAGUUCACCGAUGAGGGAAUGCAAGAAUGUGUACGCAGAUUUGGCUGUGUUUUCCUGUAUUUAACCAGAACCCUAUAACGGGAAGCAGCUUCAAGUAUAAGAUAUGAGAGAGAUAUGUGUUUAGUUUUCAAGAGGAUUUGUAGGGAGGGAGGCUUCCUCGCCCUCAUUACUUUAAUUUCUGUAUGAAGCAGUCCAUUUAUUUGUGAUGGUUACUGCACUGAUAUGUUGCCAAACCAAGUUGAUAUAAUUAUAGGAGAACAGACGGAUAAAGCAGCAUCAGUGAGCUCUGUCCAACACAAUAUAGUUGUGUCAGUCGAAUAUACACGCUGCCUCUGAAACCUUUGUUCAUAAUUAAAAAAAAUAUUAGAUCGGG